AUUGUUUCUAAUUUCUCGUUCAUACGCGAAUUUCGUGAUCUAUCUGCUCCACAAUCUUUUCCAUCACCGUCAUUCGUGGUCCAAUUUAACGUGCAAGGUGUCGGAUUACGACACAACUUUGAUCAAAACUUUCAGUGCAAAUACGUUUAAUUGUAACUUUCAUCAAAUUCGAGUGCACUGGAAGCUUCAUCCAAUAUAAUAUUUAAUAUAAUUUUGGUGGCGUGCAUCUGAAUCUGAAAAUUAUACAUGUGAACAUAGAAGGAAUCUAGAAUUCGUUACACAAAUUACUGUAACUAAGAUUAAUAUAUCGAAUUGUGAUUAAAAACACCAACCAAACGGUCGAAAACCAGUUUCGAAGUCAACAACAACGCUGGAAGGUGUCUCGUGACACCCGAUUCAACUGAACGAGGAAAAGAAGGGGGAUGGAAAUUGCGGAACUAAAAUAAUCUGUAUUGUGGCUUUUGUUUGGAAAAUUGCUUCCUGUUUGCUACCGGGGUUUCUGUGCCAUCGUUAUUAGGAUAGGCAAGAGUCCUUAUAUUCGCCUGCUCAGAGUGUUCUCUAUUCACACUUUUAGAUGUCCAACCGCGAUAGUUUGAGUUGAGGUCAACCCAAACCUGAGGGAAUUGUGUGACAAAAUCGUCCUACACAGCGUCAAGAGCCGGCAUUCAUAAAUGGCCCCAUGGCAUCGUGCAGCCGAGCGCACGUUAUCAAGGCGGCGUUGGUGCUUGGAUUUCUGCUGAUUUUACUUAAUUUGCUCGCGUCAUGGUUUGACUCCACACCAAUAGGAUUGCCUCGAAUGGACACAACCCAGUGGCCAAAACGCACAAGAACCAGUUCCGAGCGACUUGUUCAGUCAAAGCACCAAAAACCAAACAAUCACAGCACCAAUGGAACCCACAACAAAACUAAUGAUCACAGAAAUAUAUUACCCACAAUCAGUCGAAACGGACAGCAAUCGGAAACAACAAACUUAAGCACAAAUUUGAAUCUCAACGAAUCGAAAUCUCAACCACAAUUCAACGAAUCUUCUCUAACGGAUGAAACGAGCUUAACUCCCAAAGCAAUGCUAUUGAGUACAGGAUCUAAUUUACCGUCUAUAGCAGUGUCGUACAACGGUAUCAAUUCCACUAGUGUAGACAGUAACAAUUCGAAUCUCGAAAGAAAUAAUAAAAGCAAUAGCAUGUUUGAUGUUAAUAUUUCGACAACUCACCAGCUGAAUGAAACCAAUAUGCACAUAGACAGUGAUACUGGUAUCAUCCAUGGUUUAGUGCGAAAAAGGGGACAACAUAGCUGUCCCCCAAUACCGCCAAAUUUAGAUGGACCAAUCGAAGUGGAUGUUUCGUAUGAAAGCACAACAUUGGUGGAGCAAAAAUUUGCUCCAAAACUACAACCUGGUGGUCAGUACACUCCACGCGAAUGUAGCGCCAGGGAUCGAGUGGCAAUUAUCGUCCCCUACAGGGAUCGGGAACAACAUCUGCCAGUAUUUCUGAAGAAUAUCCACCCGUUUCUGAUGAAACAACAGCUGGAGUACGGAAUAUACAUCGUGGAACAAUCCACCGGAUCAUCCUUCAAUCGAGCCUCCUUGAUGAACAUCGGUUUUGUGGAAGCUAUGAAACAGAAAAACUGGGACUGUAUGGUAUUUCACGACGUAGACCUGCUGCCGCUGGAUGAUCGAAAUCUUUACACUUGUCCGGAUCAACCGCGACACAUGUCCGUGGCGGUCGAUACGUUCGGUUUCAAACUUCCCUAUAGCACUAUAUUCGGUGGCGUGUCGGCAAUGACCGUGAAGCAGUUCCGUACAGUGAAUGGAUUUUCCAACUUAUUCUGGGGUUGGGGUGGCGAGGACGAUGAUAUGUCCAAUAGACUGAAACACGUUGGCUUUCACAUUGCACGCUACCCAAUCAAUAUAGCACGCUAUACCAUGCUGAGCCACAAGAAGGAAAAGGCCAACCCGAAAAGGUACGAGAAGCUUUCCACUGGAGCGAAACGUUACGACAGUGAUGGAUUGAACUCCCUACACUACCGCCUAGUCAACUUAAUCCGCAAGCCACUGUUUACAUGGGUCCACGUCGAACUAUCACCAGAUAGCAGCUGAUGACAAUCGUUCUUACCGAACUGGUUCGGGUGAAAUGUAUCGAAUACGACCGAUGCGUUGUACGUGGUUCGAGAUCAUAUAAAGGACGUACUGAAAUAGGUAGGUGCUACCUCGGAGCCGUGAAGGACAUUACCGUGUUAAAAUAUUUAAAAAAUUCAGCAUUUUAGUCUCCAGCAAAGCUACUAAUGGCAAUCUUUCGUGCUCUCGUCAGUUGAUUUCUUUCGUAUUAAGCUAAAGUUACCUUUUGUUAUCGAAAAUUUAUACAUGUAAAUGCUACGAAUAUCGUGAUACUUAAUUUGUGCGAAUGAAAUGGUUAAAAAAAGCGUUACCAGAUAGAUUUUUUCCAAGAGUUCUACUUCCGGUGGUAACUUUUCAGACUUUAUACAAGCAAAGCAGAGUUCUGUAAAACUAGAAAGUUGAAACUCAAUAACAUUUUUAAAUCGUAUGUUCAGGACAGAUAAAAGUUUAAGCAAACAUUUUAUGUUUUAAAUAUGGGGAACUCCGUUUCCGUCCUACUGAAUAAAUUUCGGAGGCGAUCGUAGUGCGGUUUAGAAACCAACAGCGUAGAAUUGCGCACUAGUCUCUUGAAUACAGAAGCUACUCGUUUGAUUUGAAUAACGAUUUUAUGACAGUAGUAUGCAAACAGCGAACAACACAAAAAUAUCUCAAAAAAUAAUCAAAUUCCAUAAGACCGUAAUCAAAUAAUUUAAUCUCAACUCAAAUUUAAGUAACUUUAAAGUAUUAAACAAACAUACAAAACUACAGAGCUGCUGCAAAGAAAAACUCAAAGUUUAACUUAAACAAAACGUGAUUGAUAUUUUCCAUAGCAUAUAGAAUAUUUAUUAUUGAUUCCAAGUCUCAAGUUUAAAAGGUGAUCCUAGAUCAGUUGACGCACACUCUCAUUAGGGUAUGAAAAUAAUAAUAAUAAUAAAAGUAGUUUUAGAUGGGUUUUACUCUGUAGUUGAAAAUUUCAAACCUUGAGUUUGCCUUCAUUUAUGGCGUUUUCGUUUUUAAUUUGCACUACACCGGUGCAGUGCUACACUGAGGCAUGCAUAAACGAACAAAACUGACGAAAACAUAAACAGUAACCAUUGACUACAAUAAACGAUUCCAUUGCACAGAGCUACACCAAACUUUUGAUGAGUGCUACACCAGUGGUAUCGGUGCAGAAAAAGUGUAGCACUGGUGUAGUGCAAUUGGCAAAAACGAACGGUUUCAGUGCAGCUUUCGCUACACCGGUGUAGUGCAAUUUAAAAACGAAAACGACAUUAGUUAGUUGGACCCAAGCUAGCAAAUACUGGUUACACUGAAAUGUACUAUUUUUUUUGUAUCAAUCAAAUUCCCUUCGAUAAACUCACCAAACCUUGACCGUGACAACCAUCAAAAUCAAGUUAGCACUGGAGUGUAUAUAUUAGCAUUAAAAAAAUAAAAGUAACAUCUCCGGUUCAGCGACGUUUUUCAUGCGUCAUAUAUCAACGGAUAUUAGCUUCAGUAACUAAGAAACAUACAGAAUAUGCCGCCUUAUUUUACUAGAUUUCAUUUGUCGUUUAUUUCAACUUAUUGCAUAUUUUAGCGCCGCUUUCUACUGAGUAACCUCUUCCGGAUGAUUUAAUUUAUCAGAAUGGCGAAAAACUAAAAUACUAAUGAAAAAGUGCCAUAUCAAGUAAGGGAAAUUGAUAAUAAGCAAAAAAGAUCAUUUGCAAUUCCAAAAUACCGUAAACAUUAUUUCUACUAGAUAAGCAAAGUUUGAUCUGAACCACUCGUCUCGGAUGAGGGCAAGCGAAAAUCUCGGUAAAAUUUGAUUUCUUGUAGCAUAGAGAAGAGACUUUAACAUUUGUAAUGAUCAUUCAAGGAAACGAAUUCAAUAAAAAUCAGUUUUGUAAUCGAG